AUGUCCGGGAUGGUCAGCCGCAGCCUAUUGAACAUUCCAAAGGCGCUGCCCACACCACCAGGGGCAUGUCGCGUGCGUCCUGGCCCAACCGUCGUCGUCCACCGCGUUCGAUUGUCCACAACUUCAUGUCGCCGAAGCGCCCAAAAUUCUCCUUUUCAACCGCUCCGACCCCCAUCACCCCAAGAGCUCGGUGCCCCCCAAGCGGCAAAGCAAUUCACCAAAGCGCAGAGGUGGUCAAAAUGGCUGCUCAUUGCCCUCGUCACCGGCGGCACAGUGUACGUAGGCGACCGCCAAAUAUACGCCUCUGGCCUUACCAGAACCCUUCGCACAUUCGCGACGACGCUCCUCGUCGCACUCGACUACAAGGUCAACUUUCGUCCCGAGCCCAUCACCGCUGGGUCCGUCGCCGAGCUGCACACCCGCAACGCCGAACGCCUCUUCCAUCUCCUGCGGACCAAUGGCGGCUUAUACCUGAAAAUCGGGCAGGCCAUUGCCAUGCAGAGCGCUGUCCUGCCGCCCGAGUUCCAGAAAAUGUUUAGCAGGAUGUUUGACGACGCACCCCAAGACGACUGGAAAGAUGUGGAGGCGGUGAUCCGGCAGGAUUUCGGCAAGAGCGUAGAGGAGGUGUUUGGCGUGAGCUUCGCGGGUAGAGAGGGUAUGGGCCUCAUGGAGCGCAAGGCCAGAGCGAGCGCUAGCGUCGCCCAAGUCCAUUGGGCUAGACUGCCAGAUGGCCGCGAGGUGGCCAUCAAAGUCCAAAAGAGGGAGAUUGCGAAGCAGAUUGCCUGGGAUUUGUGGGCGUUUCGCGCUGUGACGUGGAUCUAUUCCAAAUGGUUUGAUCUUCCACUCUAUACUCUCGUUCCGUUCAUCACCGAGCGACUGGAAUUAGAGACGGACUUUUUGAACGAGGCCCGCAAUUCGGAAACCAUGAGAAGCCUGAUCAACUCGGAGAAGACUCUGAAAGGGCGCGUGUACAUCCCCCUGGUGUACCCAGACCUCACCACUAAGCGUGUCUUGACAACCGAGUGGAUCGAAGGUGUGCAGCUCUGGGAUAAGAAGGCCCUGACGUCCAGAUGGCUCGGAGGCCGAGGCAAAGGCUCUCCAGGUGCCAACUCUCCCCUGCCCUGGUUCGACGUGGAAAAGGCGCGGCUAGAGAUGCGAACGCAGCCUCGGCGAGAAAAAGUCAAACCCGAGCGUCAAGAAUGGAAGGGUGCGAGGGGCCGCGGCGGGCUGGGCCUCUCGACCAAGGAGGUCAUGACCACAAUGAUUGACCUCUUUUCCGCCCAGAUUUUCAAAUGGGGAGUCGUCCAUUGCGAUCCUCAUCCCGGAAACAUCUUCAUCCGGCGUCUUCCCAACGGGCGAGCCGAGCUCGUUCUCAUCGAUCACGGCUUGUACGUGUACAUGUCCCCCACGUUCCGGCACCAGUACAGCGCAUUCUGGAAAGCCCUCAUGACCUUUGACAACAAGACGAUUGCGCGCAUCACGUCGGAAUGGGGCAUCAAGGGGGCCGACUUUUUCGCCAGCGCCACCCUCAUGCGCCCCUACGAAGGGGGGCAAGGCAACUCGAUGCGCGAAACCCUGAAGAAGCUGGAAGGCAAAACACCAGAGGAGCGGCACUAUGCCAUGCAGCGACUCAUGAAGCAGAGCCUUCGAGACAUGCUGGCCGACGAGGAGAAAUGGCCCAAGGAGCUCAUCUUUAUCGGGAGGAACAUGCGCAUCGUGCAAGGGAACAACCAGUACCUAGGGUCGCCCGUGAACAGGGUCAAGAUCAUGGGGGAGUGGGCGAGCAGGAGCUUGUUCCAGGACAAGAAGCUGCCGUUUGCGCAGAGGCUGGCCAACGCGUGGAGGCAUGUGCUGUUCAAGGUGGUCAUGUCCGCGACGGACGUGGCGUUUUAUUUCUUCAAGGUGCGGCAGUGGUUGGGCUUGGGAGGAGGCAUGGAGGACGAAAUGGAGCGGAGGAUGAGAGGCGUCGCGCAAGACUAUGGCAUUGAGUUGCAACACGACGUAUUCGGGGGAUAG